CUGCCCAUAUUUUCAACUGAUCAACGAGUUUGAACAAGCAAACGGCAAACCGAUGCCGCCUUCUCUCCCUCUUCUCACCCCGACGAGUCUGGGCCUCCUCUACCGCUUCCUAGCCUCGCCGUCCUCGGCGCCCCCGCCGCUGCCCGUGCUCCUCCGCCUGCACGCUCUCGCUGCCACCUCGGGCCUCUGUUCCCGCCCAGACUUCGCCGCCAAGCUCGUCUCCGCCUACUCCACCUCCGGCCGCCCCGGCCUCGCCGCCCUCGCCUUCUCCGCCUCCCCCUGUCCCGACACCUUCCUCUGGAACUCCCUCCUCCGCUCCCACCAUUGCGCCUCCGACUUCGCCUCCGCGCUCUCCGCUCACCGCCGCAUGUGCGCCUCUGGCGCGCGGCCCUCCCGGUUCACCGCGCCCAUCGCCGCCUCCGCGGCCGCCGAGCUCGCGGCCCUCCCGGUCGGUUCCUCCGUGCAUGCCUACUCCGUCAAGCUCGGCCUCCUGGUAGGCGAUGGUUCCCUCGCGGUCUCGUCGUCGCUGGUGUACAUGUAUGCCAGGUGCGGCUGCAUUGACGACGCUAUGAAGCUGUUCGACGAAAUGGCUGAGAGGGACGUCAUCACGUGGACCGCGGUGGUCUCUGGGUGCGUUAGGAAUGACGAGUGUGAGAAGGGGAUGAGAUACUUGGUGCAGAUGGUUAGGCUAGCGGGUGAUGGCGGCGCGAGGCCAAAUUCACGGACAAUGGAGAGUGGGUUGGAGGCUUGUGGAGUGCUAGGCGAGCUGUCUGCUGGGAGAUGCUUGCACGGGUACACGGUGAAGGAAGGGAUUGGAGAUUGUGCGUUGGUGGUUUCCGCACUUUUCUCAAUGUACUCAAAGUGCGAUAGGACUGAGGAUGCAUGUGUUUUAUUCCCGGAGUUGCCAGAAAAAGAUGUGGUCACCUGGACUAGCUUGAUUGGAACCUAUUGUAGGAGAGGACUUGAUAGGGAGGCCGUGGAGUUGUUCCAGGAGAUGGAGGUGUCUGGUCUGCAGCCAGAUGAAGUUCUUGUUAGCUGUGUACUUUCAGGGUUAGGGAACAGUGGGAAUGUGCGUAGGGGGAAGGCAUUUCAUGCAGCUAUAAUUAAGAGAAACUCUGGAGACAAUUUGUUGGUUGCCAAUGCUUUGAUUUCAAUGUACGGGAAACUUGAGUUGGUAGAUGCUGCAGGCAAAGUUUUUGGAAUUUUGCAUCAACGAGAUGCAGAAUCAUGGAGUUUGAUGGUUGUAUUAUACUGCAAAGCUGGACUUGAUGUCAAAUGCUUGGAGUUGUGCCGAGAAAUGCAUUGUAGAGAUCAUGAUGAAUUUUUGUGUGAUAUCAACAGCUUGGUUUCCACAAUCUCUUCUUGUUCACGGCUAGGAAAACUGCGGUUAGGUCAAUCAGCUCAUUGUUUUUCGAUCAAGUGCUUGCUUGAUGAAAUUUCAGUUGCCAAUGCAUUAAUUGGCAUGUAUGGAAGGUGUGGGAAAUUUGACCUUGCAUACAAAAUAUUUGGUGUGGCCAAAGUGAGGAGGGAUGUUGUCACCUGGAAUGCACUCCUAUCCAGCUAUUCACAUCUAGGACAUUCAAAUGAUGCCCUGUCACUAUAUGAUCAGAUGCUCACUGAAGGUGUCCAACCAAACUCUGCAACCUUGAUUACUGUCAUUUCAGCUUGUGCAAAUUUGGCUGCACUGGAACAUGGUGAACUGAUACAUUCUUAUGUGAAAGAUAUGGGGUUGGAAUCUGAUGUAUCUAUUAGUACAUCACUUGUUGACAUGUAUACUAAAUGUGGGCAGCUGGGAAUUGCAAGAGGAAUUUUUGAUUCUAUGCUCGUACGGGAUGUUGUUACAUGGAAUGUGAUGAUAGCAGGCUAUGGGAUGCAUGGCGAUGUGAAGCAAGCACUGCAGUUAUUUAGUGAGAUGGAGAGAGGAACUAUUAAGCCUAACAGCGUCACUUUUCUUGCCAUUCUGUCUGCUUGCUGCCAUGCAGGGUAUGUUGAUGAGGGCAGGAAGCUGUUCAUCAGAAUGGGGGAAUACUGCCUUGAACCUAACCUGAAGCAUUACGCAUGUAUGGUGGAUCUCCUAGGGAAAUCUGGGCAUCUUCAAGAAGCAGAAGAUAUGAUUUUGGCUAUGCCAAUACAACCUGAUGGUGGGGUAUGGGGGACUUUGCUUAGUGCCUGCAAAAUGCAUGACAAUUUCGAGAUGGGGUUAAGAGUUGCAAAGAAGGCUUUUGCUUCUGACCCAGGAAAUGAUGGGUACUAUAUUUUAAUGUCCAAUUCAUAUGGCAGUGCUGAAAAAUGGGAAGAGAUAGAGAGACUGAGGGACACGAUGAAGAAUCAUGGAGUGGAAAAAGGUGUGGGCUGGAGUGCGGUUGAUAUUUGGGUGUGAGUUAACAGUUAUGGCAUAACUACAGCCGAGACUAUAGAAGGGUAAAUAACUAAUUGACCGCAUUAGCUCAUUUACAUAAAUUCUGGAAUCAGCUUUAGAGAAUAUAAUGACCGGCUGACUGCUACCGGUGCAAAUGGUUAAGGUCUGUUGCAAGAGCCAAGAAGUUUGUGAAUUAUGCAUCCAUUGUGCAUUUAUCUUCUUCAAUAGUCCGUCUCAUUAGAGCGUGGCGGCAAAAGUCCUCUUAUUAUCCGAGGUGAUGUUGCUAAUAUUGGCAAAGGUCCUCCUGGCUGUUUUGGACAUCAUGCUAUUUUCUAAUACAUGACAUGAUGAUUCACACUUCUGCAGAAGAAAAUUGUCUAGCGAAUUUCAUGUAGGCCAUUUGGAUGAGCAAAAGUGUAUGAAAAAUGUUCAGAACCACUGGAAGAAGAUAGCAGGUAACUCAAUUGGAACCUAUUCCACUUUUGGAGUUUGCUUGCAAAUGUGUAUAUCUGGAACUAUUUUUGCGCAUACGACAUUACUCCCCGCCUCCUCAAGCAGCUCGUCUUUGAGCUGAAAAUCCUGGAUCUUUUCUUUCUAUUGUACCAAAAAUUCUGAACACCACUUGCUACUGUGCCCCAAGACUUCAUUUGCCUCAGGAUUAUCUGAACGUGAUAAAUCAACGCUAAUGCUGGUGGCGCAUCUGGUGGAUCAACAUGGAAGCGCUUCAAAAGACUCGCAUGAAAAAGAUUGUGAAUAUGAACCCGUGCUGGAACGCCCAGUUUAUAUGCUAUUGUCCCCACACGGCCCAUAAAUACAACAAAUUGACUGGAGUUAACCUACAUCUAAAGAGACAUCAUUGGUUUUGUAAAACAGAGUGUAUAGUGGUCUAGCUGGAUCAGAACUCGUUCAUUAGUGACAUCAAUUGCUCAUUUACAUAGAGCCUGAUUCAGCUUUGGGAAUGAUGCAUGUAAGUUUCUUCACAUUUUAUAAUGGUUCGAUCCUAAAGGCUAUGCCCGUAAAGGAAGUAAACACUUCUUGGGGAAAAUGCCCCUCAUUGAUUUAUUGUCUCAUCCAUAUGUAAUACAAGAGGUAAUUCUUCAUGGUUCAGCCAAGGUGGAUGGCAUGCUUACUGAAUACUGAUACGUUUGCAUCAUAGCACUGAGCCCAUGCCGCUGGAUCGUGAUCAGUCACGAGAUCUUUUGCCAUGAUCACAAGAACUGUUAUGAUGCUCCAACUGUUAAUGUCAAAGCACCGUACAAACGUGAAGAUGUACGCCCCACAACUCACUAUUCCAUGUUUACUUAGAAACUACU